AAAUCUAUAUUUUCAUAUUGUUAUAUGAAAUAUGAAAAAGCUCGCCCAACAAAAGAGUCUUCUUCAGGCGAUAGUAGGAGGGGUAGGGUUAUUUUCAGAUGGGUAUUUGAAUGGGGUAUCAGGUGUUUUAACGACUAUUAUGGGGAAUAUUUAUCCUGUUGAAUACACAAUACAAAAAAAAUCGUUACUAAAUUCCAUGAUAUUUGUAGGAAAUGUUCUUGGAAUGCUUGUAUUUGGAUACAUGUGUGAUAAAUCAGGAAGAAAAAUAUCAUUAAUUUUAGCGAGUUCUUUUUUAGUUGUUUUUUCUAUUUUAUCAUCAGCAGCAUAUUUUAAAGGAACUAAUGAUGGGAUAAUUGGAUCAUUAAUAGUAUAUCGUUUUUUUCUAGGUAUUGGAAUUGGUGGAGAAUAUCCGGCAGGAUCUACUACAAUUAGUGAGAGUGCACAAGAAAUGUCUAUAAAACGAAAACAUUCUAUAUUUAUUUUUUUAACAGAUUUUAUGAUUUGUAUGGGAUUUAUGAUCGCAGCAUUUGUAGCGUAUAUUUUAACGCUUAUAUUUACCGAAAAACGUCAAGAAGUUAUAUGGAGAAUAUUAUUAGCCUUGGGAGCAAUUUGUCCUUUUUUCCUAUUAAUUGCACGUCUUAAAAUGGGAGAGCCAGAUGCAUAUAAAAAUUAUGCGAUGAAAAAGGUGAAUAUUCCAUAUAAGCUUGUUAUUAGGAAAUAUUACAAAAGACUCAUUUUUAUUUCACUUGUUUGGUUUAUUUAUAAUUUUACAGCAUAUUCAUUUGGGAUUUAUUUUUCUCCACUUCUUCAGUCUAUUAAUAGACAGAUGAGUUUGGCACAAAUAUUUGGAUGGACAACAUUUAUUUAUCUCUUCUAUAUAAUUGGAUCAUUCAUUGGUGCAUUUAUGACUGAUUAUUUUGAACCUAAAAAUGUUCUCGCUUUUGGUGUUUUCUUACAGGGUAUUUUUGGCUUUUUAAUGGCUGGAUUGUAUUUGAAAUUGAAGGAUAGUGUAAUUGCAUUUAUUAUUCUUUAUGCUCUUUUCAUGGCAUUUGGCGAAAUUGGGCCAGGAGAUAAUAUUGGUAAUAUUUCUGCUAAAGCAUCGCCAACUCCUAUUCGUGGCCAAUUUUAUGGCAUUUGUGCUGCUUCUGGGAAAAUAGGCGCAUUUGUUGGUAGUUAUGCAUUUAAUUAUAUUAUUGAAAGAUUUGGAGGAUCUGAAUCAGAAAACGGAAAUAAAGGUCCUUUUUUUAUUGGUAGCGCUCUUGCCAUUAUUUCUGGUAUUAUCUCUUUUUUUUUCAUUCCAAAAUUAUCACAUGAUUGCGUCCGUGAAGAAAAUGAGCAUUUCAAAAUAUGGCUUCAAGAACAAGGUUAUGAUACAAGUAAAAUGGGUUUAUAUUUUCCUCAUUCAAAUGGUGAUUUGAAGGAGAUUGAAAAUUCAGAAGCAGAUAUUGAAAAAAUUGAUACUGAAAAAGUAGAUUAUUUUGAAAGCGCACAAGAUUCUAAAGAUUAUGAAAAAAAGGAAUAG